GUAAGAGACCACGGGGCGUACUGUGCAGAGGUCUGACCGCGCCCUCCAGCUCUCCUUGGCAGUCGUCAGGCGGGAGCCGGACGGAGCGGACGGGCCGUUUCUUGAGUCUACGGGUUGAGGUUGUGGUAGCGACUCGCCCUCAAGAACACAAAUAUGUUUCACUUAAGGACUUGUGCCACUAAACUUAGGCCUCUAACGGCCUCCCAGACUGUAAAAUCACUAACACACAACAGAUCUGCGGCCCCAAGGACGUUUCAGCCAGUCAGGUGCUUGAGUACACCUGUUGCCGCAGAGCCAUUCCUUAGCGGGACUAGUUCUAACUAUGUGGAGGAAAUGUAUUAUGCUUGGCUGGAAAACCCUAAGAGUGUUCAUAAGUCAUGGGACAUUUUCUUCAGGAAUGCCAAUGCCGGUGCAGCCCCUGGGACUGCUUACCAGAGCCCUCCGCCCCUGAGUAGCAGCCUAUCUACAUUCGCACAGGCUCAGUCGCUUGUACAUGGUCAACAAAAUAUAGGCAAGCUGGUGGAGGAUCAUCUUGCUGUGCAAUCUCUAAUUAGAGCAUACCAGAUCCGUGGGCACCAUGUUGCUCAACUUGAUCCUCUUGGCAUUCUGGAUGCAGAUCUGGACUCCUGUGUGCCAGCUGACAUUAUCACGUCCUCAGACAAACUCGGGUUUUAUGGACUGGAGGAAUCUGACUUGGACAAAGUCUUCCAGCUGCCAACAACAACUUUUAUUGGAGGAAACGAGACAGCCCUGCCCUUGCGGGAGAUCAUCCGAAGGCUAGAGAGUGCAUACUGCCAGCAUAUUGGCGUUGAGUUCAUGUUUAUUAAUGACCUGGAGCAAUGUCAGUGGAUCAGAGAGAAGUUUGAGACUCCCAGAAUCAUGCAGUUCACCAGCGAGGAGAAACGUACCCUGCUCGCCAGACUUGUGCGAUCCACCAGGUUUGAAGAAUUUCUCCAUCGCAAAUGGUCAUCUGAGAAACGAUUUGGACUUGAGGGCUGUGAGGUCCUUAUUCCUGCACUGAAGACGAUGAUUGAUAAAUCCAGUGAAAACGGGGUGGAUUAUGUCAUCAUGGGGAUGCCUCACAGGGGUCGCUUAAAUGUUAUGGCAAAUGUAAUCAGGAAGGAGCUGGAACAAAUUUUCUGUCAGUUUGAUUCAAAGUUGGAAGCUGCAGAUGAGGGUUCUGGAGAUGUGAAAUACCACUUAGGGAUGUACCACAGGCGGAUAAACAGAGUGACAGACAGGAACAUCACAUUGUCAUUGGUAGCCAACCCAUCCCAUCUGGAGGCUGCUGAUCCUGUUGUACAGGGCAAGACUAAGGCCGAGCAGUUCUACUGUGGCGAUACAGAGGGCAAGAAGGUGAUGUCUAUCCUUUUGCAUGGAGAUGCUGCAUUUGCAGGUCAAGGCAUUGUUUAUGAGACUUUUCAUCUGAGUGAUCUUCCAUCCUACACUACACACGGCACUGUGCAUGUGGUGGUGAACAACCAGAUUGGCUUCACUACAGAUCCACGUAUGGCAAGAUCUUCCCCUUAUCCCACUGAUGUAGCCAGAGUUGUGAACGCUCCCAUCUUCCACGUGAACGCAGAUGAUCCUGAAGCUGUUAUGUAUGUGUGCAAUGUGGCAGCAGAGUGGAGGAGCACUUUCCACAAGGAUGUUGUGGUGGAUUUGGUUUGUUACCGCAGGAAUGGUCAUAAUGAGAUGGAUGAGCCCAUGUUUACGCAACCCCUGAUGUACAAGCAGAUACGCAAGCAGAAGACAGUCCUUCAGAAAUAUGCAGAGACUCUCGUAUCACAGGGUGUUGUCAAUCAGCUAGAGUAUGAGGAGGAGGUUGCAAAAUAUGAUAAGAUAUGUGAGGAAGCCCUGACUCGCUCUAAAGAUGAGAAAAUCAUGCACAUCAAGCACUGGCUGGAUUCCCCCUGGCCUGGUUUUUUCACCCUGGAUGGGCAACCUCGUAGCAUGUCAUGUCCCUCCACUGGGCUCACUGAGGACGACCUGGGGCACAUAGGAAAUGUGGCAAGCACUGUACCCGUUGAAGACUUUACCAUCCAUGGAGGUCUUAGCCGCAUUCUCAAAGCUCGUGGGGAAAUGGUGAAGAACAGAACGGUUGACUGGGCAUUGGCUGAAUACAUGGCAUUUGGAUCCUUACUUAAAGAGGGAAUUCACAUCCGUCUGAGUGGGCAAGAUGUGGAGAGAGGCACUUUCAGCCAUCGUCACCAUGUUUUACAUGAUCAGAAUGUUGAUAAGAGGACAUGCAUCCCCAUGAACCAUCUGUGGCCCAACCAGGCUCCUUACACUGUCUGCAACAGCUCUCUUUCAGAAUACGGAGUGCUAGGAUUUGAACUUGGUUUUGCUAUGGCAAGUCCUAAUGCACUAGUUUUGUGGGAAGCCCAGUUUGGAGACUUUCACAACACAGCUCAGUGUAUCAUAGAUCAGUUCAUCUGUCCUGGACAAGCAAAGUGGGUGCGGCAGAAUGGCAUUGUGUUGCUAUUGCCUCAUGGUAUGGAGGGCAUGGGACCUGAACAUUCCUCUGCAAGACCUGAGCGUUUCCUGCAGAUGUGCAAUGAUGACCCAGAUGUAUGGCCAAAAUUCUCAGAGGACUUUGCUGUGCGUCAGCUUUAUGACUGUAACUGGAUUGUUGUGAACUGCUCCGCUCCUGCAAACUUCUUCCAUGUUCUCCGCAGGCAGAUCCUUCUUCCUUUCCGCAAACCGUUGAUUGUCUUCACUCCAAAAUCACUUCUGCGUCACCCUGAAGCCCGGUCAAGCUUUGAUGACAUGUUGCCAGGCACUCACUUUGAGAGAAUUAUCCCAGAUGUUGGGCCAGCCUCCCAAAAUCCUUCAGGGGUGAAGCGUCUGCUUUUCUGCACAGGAAAGAUAUACUAUGAGUUAACCAAGGAGCGGAGUACCCGUGGCAUGGAGUCUGAUGUGGCCAUCACACGCGUGGAGCAGCUGUCUCCAUUCCCAUUCGACCUCUUGGAACAGGAAGUAAAUAAGUACCCCAAUGCCGAGGUGGUUUGGUGCCAAGAAGAGCAUAAAAACCAAGGAUAUUAUGACUAUGUGAAGCCCAGGCUACGUACCACAAUACACCGCAAAAAACCUGUUUGGUACGCUGGACGUGAACCUGCAGCUGCCCCAGCUACUGGCAAUAAGAAAACCCACACAACUGAACUGAAGCGUCUCCUGGAUACUGCAUUUAAUCUGGAUUCUUUCAAGGGUCUCUUUUAGAUUGUCUCCCCCCCCCCCAUCUGCACUCCCCAAUUUCCAAUCAUAUAUUCACUUACAGGAAACCAUUCCUCCUCUGUGUCUGAGCUUUAUUUUGGCAGAGAAUGGUUAUAUAAAAAUGAAAACUAACAUGUUUUGGUUUUUGCUGCUAUUAAACUAUCCCUCAAGUAGCUUUUAAUUAGAUGAAAUCCCUUGUUUUGGAUAAAAAAAAGGCAUAAAAUACAUAUGUGCAUGUGUAUCAUAUCUUGAGGGUUCUGUUUAUAUUCUUUAGAUGUUUUCUAAAUGAAGGUGAAUGAAAAUAAUUGGCAAAACAGAGGACAACUGCAUUUUAAACACCUUAAAAGAUCCUUUUACUUAAAGGGUGAUUGCAUUUCACUGUCAGCUGAUCUCACAAUGUAUUACAAAGGGUAUUUGUAAAGAGUAAUUAAAAUACAGAGAGACAAUGUUUCACAUAAAUUAUUGGAGAACAUAUUGUAAAUAUGAAUAGAUCCAAACAAUGAAUAUUUAAAACAUUUUAUACAGAAAUUAUUUCUGCUCUAAAAUAAGUGGGCAUCACAUGAUGCGAACGUAAGUGAUUUGAUCUGUAUGACGCGGUGGGAGCAGCACAGUUGAAAUAGUGUUGUGUGUAGAUAGUUACAUGCAUAAGCUCAAAACUACCAAAGUACAUUGCGUGAGCUGUGUGGUGCUUUUAGGUAUUUUCUCCUGCACUUGUCCUACUGUUGAAAAUGUUUUUUAAAGGCAGCUGUAAAUUGUAUAUACAUUUCUUUUAUACUCUUAAAAAAAAAACAUUUCUCACUAACUCCAACUAAUACUUUUUGAGGGCUAUUAUAAAAUAUUUAAUUGUAUUUUUAGCACAUUUUAUUCCCCCCCCCCCCAAUAGGUCUGCUUGGCCAAAAAGACCAUCACAUUUUAUUUUUUAUUUUUGUGUUAUAUAGGGAGGGGGGAUCAAUUUAAAAUUAUUUAACUUAUCUGUCAGACGUAUACGAUUUAGAAAAGUUUAAAAAUCAGGAGAUGUGUUAGUGGUAUCGCUUCAACUACGAAUGUGCACUGUAAAGGCAGGGAAUAUUCCCUUUGCCAAAAUAAAACCACUCUACCCUAUGUUUCUUGCUCGCAAUAAUCCAUUAUCUUAGGCUUCUGAAUCAUUGUUGAGGCAAAGGAUUCUGGGUAACUUGUAUGUAUGCAAAUACCUUCACUUCUAGAUUUCCAUUUAUUUUCCCAUAGGCACUUUUUUUUAUCCAGAAUCCUUUGAAGUCUUAAUCUUAACCCAUACUCUGCCAUGCAUGUGUAGCAAGUUUUUUUUUUUAUUUAGUAUGCAUCUUGCAACUAACUUUUAAUCAACAUUAAAUUAAACAAACAUUACAAUCCAUGUAGCUGCUUGUGCCAAAUUUCUGCACCUCAAUAAAGAGACUAGAGAGUAAGAAUGAGUUUCCUGGUAAAAAAAAAUGUCAAAAAAGUUAAAAAUGAGGAGGCCAUUCACACACAGAAACCCCCCCAAUAUUAUUUAUUUUGUUAAAAUAAAUAAAAAAUCUAUACAUAAAAAAAA